CGUUUUUAUUAUAUUAAUAAGAUGAAAUAAAUAGUGCUUUUUGCAUUGUUGGCAUGUGUUGUUCUUACACAUAAUGAUAUAAAGCAUGUGUAAGAAUUGCUUGUAGAACUGAAGGACGAAAUUCAUGAAUAAAUCGUAGCUUUAGAUGCUGAAUGGGUGUUAACAUAAAAAGUAUUGAUUAUUAAAUAUGAUAAAGAUGAAACAAGCUAGUAUUUAGGCAUUAAAAUAAACAAAAGUAGAUUAAGAAGCUGAUUGUGAGAGAAGAGAUGAGAAUGUAAUAAAUAAGAAAACAGAAAUUUAAGAAAUGUCAGAUUUAAUAGCUUGGAUCUAACAUAGAAUUCAUGUCAAUAAAAAUAGAAUUCAAACAAUAGAAGAUCUAUAAUGCAGACAAUCUUUGAACUUUGUUGACACUAUGAGAGAUGAUAAAAUUUCAUUAACAGUCUCAAUAUUUGUUAAAGAAUAACUUGAAAAAAUAGUGUCAGAAGGCACUUCAUUUGCAUAAAAAUCAUAAGCUAUGAAAAAUAUACUUUCAUUCCUUUAAGACAUAAAAGAGUAGAAAUAUGAAUUUUUGGAAUUAACAAGGACAAUGGAAAUUGAGAGAGAAGAAAACCCAAAUAUGAUUGAAACACAUAUGGGACCUAUUGAAAUGAAGAAAUUCUAAGAGGUUAGACAUGAAAUCUUAGCAGUAUUAGAUGAAUUAGAAGCUUAAAUCAAUUCACAUAUUCCAGUUGCAUAAGCUGAUAUGAUUAGAGUUGGAUUAGCAUAUCUUGAAUGGAAAUAAAGAAUUCUUAAAGAAAAUGAAUUUUUUGAAUAAAAGAUUGUUGAAUUAGGAAAAUAAUUAGUAAAAUUAAUUAAUCUAUAAUAAAUAGGAACAUUUAGAUGAUUAAUUAUUAGCUUUAGAAUACAGUGCUUAAUAAUGCAGAGAAAGAGUAACAGAUAUUGAAAGAGCUAUUGAAGUAGCAAAAAAUGAUAGUGUUUUGGCUUAUAAAGAUUAUGUUGAAGAACAUGAAAGAUUACUUAAAUAAUUAGCAAUUUUCUCAUAAUUAUAUUAAUUAUAUGAUAAAGAAAUUGAUAAUAAAACAACUGAAGCAGAAAAAGAAGCUUUGACAGUAAAUAUUUAAUAUCAUUAAAUAGUAAUAAAGACAUGAACAUUAAAUGGUUGGUGGAGAUUAGAAUUCUUUGCCUCCUUAAUAUAGAGAUUAAUCAGAAAAUGAAGAAGAACCAAUUGUUGGAGCAGAUGAAAAUUCUUUACCUCCUCCAGAACUUGAAGAAUAAGAAGAAUCAGAAGAAUAAGAAGAAUCAGAAGAAUAAAUGAUUGUUGGAAAUACUGAAGACUCUUUACCUCCUUAAUACAGAGAUGAAAAUGAUGAUGAAAAUGAUGUUCCAUAACCAGUAGAAGUUCCAUAAUUAGAAGAAACUGAAGAUGAACAAUAAGUAUUUUCUUUUAUAUCCAUAGUUAUUAAUUAAAAAAGGUCCUUUGAAAUUAAGAGAAAUUGACACUGCACCAUCAUACAAAAGAUCCGAUUUCAUUUUACUUUAAAUGAAAUAAAAAAAAAUAGAAUAAGAUGAAGUAAUUUUAUGA